UAUCCACUUCCACUUCCACUUCCACUUCCACUUCCACUGCCCGAUGCCAUCAGCCGGGUCAACACUCGGGUGUUCCCACCAAAACUGAGAUGGUUUCUUAUCACGAAGCAAUGGACAUUGCUUAUGGUUGGACCACUAAACCUGCUUGGUCCAAUCCCCGGCAGGCUUGAUCGAGAACGGGGCUGCUUGUCGUCCUGCAUAUCCUGCAGCCUUACGGCCGGUCACUCCCCCUCCCCUCUUUCGCUCUUUCGCUCUUUCGCUCUUUCGGAGAACACCCGACCCAUUGAAAGAGAUGUUAUGUUUUGGCUCUGGAGGAACAAGCCAUUCCAGCUGAACCGGGUGGAUAUUGAAUACCAACGCUGGUCCGUGAGGUUCAGCCUGACCGGGAAUUCUCUCCCCUCCCCACUGAUCGACUGCUUGCAACUCUGCCCUAUGAGGCUGGCCUACCUGGGGGGACCACCAAUCUGCCCUCUUGGUUUUCGGCUGCAUUCUAUCAUUCCGUCUCUUCUUUUCUCUUUCCCUUUCCAUUUCCCUUCCCCUUCCCUUCCCUUUCCUUCCCACCUUUUCUCUUCUUGCUUUCUUGCCCACCCUUCCGCCCCUCCUGCUCGGUCAUGCUACCAUCCCUCAGUGCUCUUUCCCCUGUGGCUUCACUAAUUUUUGCUUAACCUCGACGGUUCUGCUUCUUGCUUGUCACCGUCUGUUCUUCAUCUUCAAUAAUCCCCGUGAUGGAAGAGGUCCGCUCGAAGAGCUCUCAAGCAAUCAUCCAUUAACAGCCGAGGUCUCGGUUUAUGGACUCUUCACAUCGGAGUCGACUGUUCUCCUCUGUUCGUUAUCGAAAACAACUUAGAACGACAACUGUGCUUGUCCGGCGGUGUCAACUUGUCUUGAUCUUUGCAUCCGGCUAAUGAUUGA